GUGUGUUUGGGCGGAAUGUUCUAGUUUCUGACUAGUUACUUUUUUCUGUCGGCGCAACCAGAGCAGGAAAAGCGACUGGGGAGACGUGCUGGGAGCCAGUGGCCCUUUGGCUGAGCUUAUCUGGAAUUUGACCGAAAGACACGUCGGUUGCUAAAAUGACAAGAGGAAACCAACGUGAGCUUGCACGCCAGAAAAGUGCCAAAAAGCAAACGGAACAGACUAAAGGAAAGCGUAACGAGGACGGGCUUUCUGCAGCUGCACGGAAACAGAGGGAUGCUGAAAUAAUGCAACAAAAGCAGAAAAAAGCAGACGAAUCAGGCGGGAAAAGCAGCACAAAGUCGAAGUGAACGACACCAGAGAUGAAUCUGAGAACUCAUACCUUCAGCUUUCUUCCUAAUAUUUAUAACAAUGAAUUUCCCAUUUUUGUCUCAACUCAAGUAUCCAGGAUUCAACAUUCUUCCAAGUGGAAAAUUACAACGUAUUUGGAUUUGUUAAUUUUACAUAGGGAAAUUAAGACUAUGGUUUAAGGCUUAUUCCACUCUGGUGCUGCAUGCAGACGAGCAUCGGUGGUGUAAGCAGGUUAAAGCUGAACAAGUCUUGACAAACAUGUAACAUUUGUGUAUUUUUGUACAAACGUGUUUCCCUCGCUGGUUUUGAAUAAACUGUAUCUUUUUAGUUCA